AUGUGGUCUCAAUGUAGUUUCGGGGCCUUGCGUGCACACAGGCAUCGAUUUCUCCUGACCCCUGCAUUUGCUCAGACUAUCCGAUUCUCCUCUGGUAUAACAACGACCAUGGGCGCAAUUGGGACUCGCACUGUCGACACUACCGAGCGGCUAGCAAAGCUACGAGAGCUAUUGAAGAAACCAGAGAACAACGUCAAGGUUUUCGUUGUUCCCAGCGAGGACCAGCAUUUCAGCGAGUAUCCUGCACACUCGGAUGAGCGUAGAGCAUUCAUUUCAGGUUUCAAUGGUUCAGCUGGGUGCGCUAUCAUCACCCUCAGGGAUGCUUUCCUCUUCACAGAUGGGAGAUACUUCUUGCAAGCUUCCCAGCAACUUGACAGCAAUUGGAAGCUUAUGAAACAGGGUUUGCCAGAGGAAGACGUGCCCACAUGGCAGGAAUUUCUCUCCAAACACCUCGAGCAAGGGACCCGAAUUGGCAUCGAUCCUACGCUUAUUUCAGCUGUAGUGGAUGCUGAAAGUCUUAAGAAAUCUCUUGAACCUAGGGGGUCUGAGCUUGUAUCUCUCCAGAAAAACCCUGUCGACAUUGUCUGGGGCAAGGACCGACCCCCGUGUCCUCACAACAGCGUUUUCCCUUUGGACGUCAAAUACGCUGGAGAGACAUUUCAAGACAAACUCCAGCGUUUACGGGAAGAGAUGACGAAGAAAAAAGCUGUUGCCUCCGUCGUUACGCUUCUUGACGAAGUCGCGUGGCUUUUCAACCUCCGUGGCACAGAUAUUGACUUCAACCCUGUCUUCUUCGCGUAUGCUGUUGUGACUCCAACAAAGGCAAUACUUUUUAUGAACGACGCUCAGGUCCAGCACAGUAUCAAGACGUUCCUGGGCUCUGAUGUUGAGAUCCGACCAUAUGAGUCUUUCAUCCCUUCUUUGAGGCAGCUCGCUGCGACCCUUGGAGCUAAUAAAGACAAACCUAUGCUACUGGGUGAUAAAACUAGUCUAGCUGUCGUUGAAGCAAUCGGACAAGAGAAUGCCGUUCUUAUCCCGUCACCAGUGGCUGCUAUGAAGGCAAUAAAGAAUGAGACGGAGAUCGAGGGCUUCCGCAAAUGUCAUAUCCGCGAUGGCGCUGCCCUAACCCGUUACUUUGCCUGGUUGGAGGAACAACUUAACGGAGGUGCUGAGCUGAACGAAAGUCAGGCUGCGGCUAAGCUCGAAGAAUUUAGAUCUGAGCUGGACUUGUUCCGUGGACUGUCGUUCACAACAAUCUCAUCUACUGGACCUAAUGCUGCCGUGAUACAUUACUCACCGGACCCGGAUGACUGCGCGGUCAUCAAAAAGGAUCAGAUAUAUUUAUGUGAUUCUGGAGGACAAUACCUUGAUGGAACGACUGAUGUGACCCGGACGUUGCAUUUUGGCACCCCUACCGAUGAGGAGAAACGAGCCUUCACGCGUGUUUUGCAAGGCCAUAUUUCAAUCGACACUGCCAUUUUCCCAACUGGCACGUCAGGUGCUGACUCGUUUGCAAGACGAGCUCUAUGGCAAGAGGGAUGGGAUUACAGACAUGGGACUGGCCAUGGCGUUGGUCACUUCCUGAAUGUUCAUGAAGGCCCGCAUGGCAUCGGCACCCGCAUAGCGUACAACAGCACCUCUUUGAAAGCGGGCAUGACUGUUUCGAAUGAACCGGGCUACUACGCCGACGGACGCUACGGGAUCCGCACUGAAAGCGUUGUUAUAGUUCGGGAGGCUGAGACACCAAAUAACUUUGGGAAUGGGUACCUUUGUUUUGAACAUGUAACAAUGUGUCCUAUCCAAACGAAGCUGAUCGAUUUCUCGGUUCUGACCGCGCAGGAAAAGGAGUGGCUCAACUCUUAUCAUGCGGAGACGCUGGAGAAGGUAGGCCCUUUGCUCCGUAACGACCUGCGCGCUCUUCAGUGGCUAGAAAGAGAGUGCUCUCCUGUGUAG